GAGAAAACAGCCACCAUCCAUUCCACAUCCUCAUUUAUCAUCUUUUUCUUCGUUAGCUGCUUAACUAUUUUGGAAUUUACUGGAUGAUGAUUGUAUUGCAGUUGUAGUGAUUAACAAUUAAAAUUCAUUUCAGAGUAGAGGAGAGUUGAGUAGCUGUAGCAUGGGAAGCUUCUUGUACAGAAAAUUUGUUGGGUCCCCAUACCUUAACAAUGAUCAAACACAAGUAGUACUACCAUCACUCAUAAAAACAAGAAAUCAUCAACUUACUGUUACACCGACGUUUAAUCCGACCAACCACAACAACAACAAAAACCGAUUCAGGUUCAACUCUGUCAGUUACGACGAUACUGUAAUAUCUGUUUCUGCUGCAUACCAACUCCUUGACGUCAACCCCGACUGCACUUUAUCUCACCUCAAAGCCGCUUUUCGUUCCAAAGUGAAGCAAUUCCAUCCUGAUGUUAGAAAAAGUAAUGAUGACAGCUCGGAUUUAAUGAUUCGUCGUAUCAUUCAGGCCUAUGAGGUGUUAUCCAAUUUAAGCAAAUUAGAGAUCAUUGAAACUGAAUGUCUAGACCCCUUCGAUGCACCGGAAUGUGAGGCAUUUGAUAUCUUUGUUAAUGAGGUUCUAUGUAUAGGCAAAGGGUGUCCUUAUUCAUGUGUCAAGACAGCACCUCAUGCCUUCACAUUCAGUUCUUCAACAGGAACUGCUUAUGCAACCUUUCAAGGUCACAGUGAGGAUUACCAGGUACAACUUGCUGUUGGGCAAUGCCCCAGAAGCUGCAUUCAUUAUGUAACACCUUCUCAAAGAGUUAUUCUGGAGGAGCUUCUCGGCAGCAUCUUGAACAUGCCUUUUGAUUGUUCUGCUGAGGAAGAGUUGCUCUACUCACUAAUUGUGAAAGCCAAGUUUGAGAACAAUCGGUACGGGAAUCCAAAGAAGCAACCAAAGGCAUCAACCAAACAUGUCGAUAUAUAUAAAUGAGCUUUCCUAAGUAUUUCGUGUUCUGUCUUGAUGAUUUUGUACAAUAUUUGUAAAGAGUUAUAGAAGAAACUCAAGGUUGAUAUAUUUAGUUGUAAGUAGCAUAAUUGAACGAUUGAUACAUAAUCGUUUGAAUGUUUCGAUGUACUCAUUUUAUUAAUUAUUUUAUUGCAAGGAUUAUUUUGGUACAA